UAUAUACAUGGAAUUCUCAGUAAUUAAGCAACUACCACCCUAUUGUUUCCUCGUUUUUUAAAGACCAUUACACCCCUACAUCCUACAAACUAACGAUAUCGACAUGCUUUAUAUUGUGUCAGAAAGCAGCAGUAAUCCACUCUUUUACACGGCAUAUCUCUUAGCCAUAAUUACUAGAAGGGUAAAACCAAAAGCCAAUUUUUACAAUCAAGGAAUAGACAAUUUCCUUUCAAAUACCACCAUUCUGGUCAACAGAACCUCACAUCUUAAUAUUUCGAGAACAACUUUUAUUUCUUUAGAGGAAAACGACUCUUUGUUUUUCUAGGGCGAUACGAUGGAUCCAACGCUACUACCGGAACGAAUGUUUGCAGCCGGUGAAGAACCUGCCGGUGAUAGAGUGAACACAUACCACAAACCGAAGAGGAUCGAGUCUAUACUAGAGGCUCUCGACCCGGAAGAGGUGGAGUUCUUGCGACAGUCGACGUUUGGAAAGAUAAUUGCACAAGCGGAGAAUCCUUCAUUUUCUGGAAGUUUCGGGCAGUUCGUUCUCGUUCGAAACCUACGCGUCAAGAAAAAGUACGAGAUUUGGUUUCUGUUCGCCGGGAAGCCGAUUAGGAUGUCAUUACACGAGUUCGCUCACGUCACCGGCCUUAAUUGCAGAAAGAUUCCCAAGAAAAGCAUUAAAAGGAAGAAGAACCCCAUCACGGAGAAGCUAUACUGGGGGGAGCUUUUUGGAUCUCUGAAGUUCUGCCUCGUUGACACGGCCAUCGAGAUGCUAAAGAAGAGGAAGAUAAAAGACAGAGCGAUGCGACUCAAGUAUGCUUGUCUAGCGUUUACAUCAUGUGUACUGCUUCCGACAUCACACCUCCCACGUAUUAUCCCGGAGCAUGUCGAGUUGAUACGCGAUCUCAACCAGUUUCUGAAUUAUCCAUGGGGGAGGCUUGCAUUUGAGAUGCUCGUCACCGGCAUUAAGAAGAAAGACGAGAUUUUGCUAUCACAAACCAGCGUCGCUUUGCCUGGUUUUGUCGACGCCAUCCAACUCGUUUUCAUUGCGGCAGUCCCGCAGAUUAGAGAGACUGUAAACACGCCAGAGCCUGUUGUAGUCAUUGACUCUGACACCGACUCCGAAACAGGGGAGGAUGAGGCUGAAGACGAGACACCAGUUCUCAUUGAGGCAACUCCUGUUACGCAAGCAACCGCCCGCUACUGUGUAAACCCCGCUCAUGUCAGAGACAUGGAUGAAGAAGGGAAGGUAGAUGUUAUCUCUAUGGUAGUGGACACCGCACAUACUGAAGAAGAGCUUAUGUGGGAUGACGAGGUUAAUGAUGAGUUAGUUGACAACCUCGUACGACUAAUUCAACAAGGUCAUCGGUUCGACAAGUCCAUGUUCGUAGGAGGCCUAACCGCUGCUGCUCUCACUCGCAUGAGAGCAGAGAGAAAACUUAAAGAAGCUAAAGAUAAAAAAGAGAGGGAUAGCCAUAGCAACGUCAACUCACCCGAUGGGGAUAUUGGUGAUGCUUACCAUCCCACGCUCAUAGCUAACCUUGUCGGGCGCAUGGUAACCCAACAGAUCGACGAUGCCGUGUAUAAGUUGGUGGGAAAAUUGGAGGACAGACUGGCGGUAGUGAUCAAAGCUGAACUUUUAAACAUGCAGGCAGUCGUUAGUCAGAGUAUCAUUGGCCAUUUGGGUAACUUCAAACCCAUCGGCGCUGAAAAUGAAGAUAAUACUGGUUGUGUGCCACAAGUGGACCAAAACCCCACUGACUGCACAUCUCCUCAACCAGCACCAGAGCCUGCUACAACAGGAGGGAAGCCAACCGUCUUACAGACUGCCAUUCCCGAACACCAAAGCGUCCUUGUGUUUGAUCAACCACGUGCCGACACCGUGAUAAACAAGGUCAUUUCAGAUGUCAAGUGUUUCACCGAACAGAGCGAGGUAUUUGCUACCGACGUCAUGACACAUACCCCGAUAACUGAACAGCUAGACGCAGAAGACGUCAACAACAUGGUAGAUGAUGUCCCCGACACUCCAAUGGAUACAGAUUUCACCACCCCACUUUGCGGCCAGAAAACUUCUUUCAUACACCACCAACUAUCCCCAGUGUCUGAAGAAGAAAAAAACUACCAUAACGAGAUUGAAUUCCUUUUAUCUAUGAUCGAAAUUCCGACCUUCUCUCUGGGCCUCUCGCAGGAGGAUGUUUCACGCACGGAGCUACUUCCCGGCGCCGUACACAUCCCGGUGGGGAACGUUGACAUUGGUGAAACCCGGAAGAGCAGAAGGACCAGAAUUCUACCCCCGCUGUUCAACGACUAUCAGUGCGACCCAAAGAUCAAAGCUUUCAGAGUGGAACAACCACCUAUUACCUCCGCAGAUAACAUCAACGAGAUCUAUAUGUCAAUGCGAGAGAGCGCGGGAUUGAACAAAGUGUACAAUGUCGGAAACGGUAUCGCUGUUACGACGGAGGAGUUGAACGAUGUAGUGGACCGCACUCUCCAAAUGCCCCCCAAGGUGAUGGAUGCCCUCAUGUAUUACAUUGCGCUUGAGCGGGACAGGAAGAGAAUCCACUCCUCUAGGAUAGCGAUCCAUGACACCAACUUCCCCGCGUUGCUCAUGAAACAACAUGCCCGGCUUGUCAAGUGCGCUGUGAGGGAUCGAUGCAGGCUGAAAUACGAUGCAGAUGUUCUCAAAUACUUCAGAGGUCCCACCAACAGCGCAGAUGGUUACGAAAGGAUUUACUUCCCAUUUUGCAUCGACAAACAGCAUUGGAUUGGAGUAUGUCUUGACGUCCCAGGCGCGACCGUACAAAUACUUGACUGUAAUUACGGGUUCCGCACGGAUGGCAUGCUGAAGAAGGACAUGAACCCAAUUACCAUUGUCGUCCCUCACAUCCUUAACGCUGCGGCGGGAAACUUAGGGCCCAACCAGCGCAAACAAUAUGAGAUGAUAAGGCUUCCUGGUGUACCGCAGAACCCCAUCUCUACUGAUGCAGCUACGACAACCGCCCUGCUGAUACAGGCUCAUGCUCUGAACAAGGCCGACGGUUGCAAAGAAAUCACUCAAGACUCUCUGUCUGCGGGGGCUAAACACCUGGCUGUUCUUGUCUACCGCGACGUUGCUCCUCUUUAAACAUCUCUCCCACCAUUGUCGUCUUUAUUGUUUGUUUCUCCCGGAUUUCUCUAUUUUCUGCAUCUGUUUCCGUAAUAACCGUACUAUUACUAUGCUAAAAUCCCGUACUUCUUUCCGUUUCA